AUGCCUCAGAACGAGUACAUCGAGCGGUGGCAGAAACAGCAUGGCAAGAGGCUCGACCACGAAGAACGCGUCCGCAAACGAACAGCCCGAGAGGGCCACUCCACGAGCGAAAAUGCCCAAAAUCUACGUGGCCUGCGGGCAAAACUCUACCAAAAGAAGCGCCACGCCGAGAAGAUCCAGAUGAAGAAAGCAAUCAAAGCGCACGAAGAGCGAGACGUCAAAUCCUCUGCACCCAAUGAACCCUCCUCCACGCCUCUCCCCAGCUACCUCCUCGACCGCUCCCAAGCCACAAACGCCAAAGCCCUCUCCAGCGCCAUCAAGAACAAGCGUGCGGAAAAAGCAGCCAAGUUCGCCGUCCCAUUACCUAAGGUCAAGGGCAUCAGCGAGGAGGAGAUGUUCAAGGUGAUCAAGACGGGCAAGAAAACAGCCAAGAAGUCGUGGAAGAGGAUGAUCACCAAACCGACGUUUGUGGGGCCAGACUUCACCAGGAGGCCGGUCAAGUAUGAGCGGUUCAUUCGGCCGAUGGGGCUGAGGUACAAGAAGGCCAAUGUGACGCAUCCGGAGUUGGCGGUGACGGUGCAGUUGCCGAUUAUCAGCGUUAAGAAGAAUCCGCAAAAUCCAAUGUACACGCAGCUUGGGGUGCUUACGAAGGGGACUAUAGUGGAGGUGAAUGUCAGUGAGCUGGGGCUCGUGACAGCGGGAGGCAAGGUGGUGUGGGGGAAAUGGGCGCAGAUUACGAAUAAUUGUGAAAUGGAUGGGUGCGUUAACGCCGUUCUGCUAGUAUAA